AGCACGUGGUCAGCGGCGUGCGGCGACUCCUCCCGGCUCCCCCCGGCCUCUUCUCGGCUCCUUCUCGGCCUCCGUGCCCUCGCCGCAGUCACCUCGCCAUGGACCCCAUGAAGGCGCAGCAGCUGGCGGCAGAGCUCGAGGUGGAGAUGAUGGCGGACAUGUACAACAGGAUGACGAACGCGUGCCACCGCAAGUGCGUGCCGCCGCACUACAAGGAGGUGGACCUCUCCAAGGGCGAGGCCGUGUGCCUGGACCGCUGCGUCGCCAAGUACCUGGACGUGCACGAGCGGCUGGGCAAGAAGCUCACGGAACUCUCCAUGCAGGACGAGGAGACCAUGAAGCGCUUGCAGCAGGCUCCCUGAUCCGCGCCGCAGCCUUCGGGGAUGCAUUCCCCCCUUCCUCCCUCCCUCCCCCGCAUUAUAAUCUGUACAUACCUAAAAGGCUUCUAGGUUUGUGAUUGAAUGGUCGAUCGUCUUGAAUAGCGUCGCUCUUAUCCGAGUGUCCACGUCUCGAUGCCUUAGCACGUUAAAGGAGCCUUUGUCCCCGUGAGAGGAUCGACAUCGUCACACAGACAGACGGUGCGGCUCGUGACGUCCCCGCUUGACUGUGACGAUGCCAGAGGUGGGAACUGAAUUGCUGAGAACCUCCUAUGCACAUCGCCUAAAGGUGAAGAUUGCUCCUAACUUUUGCUUUGUAAUAACCAGGAAUUUGUUUUCUAUGAUUUAAAAGUAAUUCUUGGACUCAUGUUAAUUGUGCAUGUAAGAAUUUACUAUUUAUGAUUUAUCUCUCCACUAGAUUCAUAUUAUAGAUUUCCAUAGUAUUAUCUGCGGUGCAUCACAACAUCGGAGUUAAUUGGGCAGUUAGAGAAGUAUGUUACGUUUACACGACUUCCAUUUGUUGUAUCGCCGUUGAACGUUACCAUUAUUUUCAGAAACAUUUUUUAAUACAUUAUGUAAAAACAUGAGCACAUCCCCCCCCCCUGCACUGAGCAGAUGUCCACUUAUCCGUUGACGUGAUGAAUUGCAUAGAAGAAUCGAUUUUGUUGUAAUAUUCAACAUCCUUGGUGAUGUGGCGAGUUGAUUUGCAGACGUGCUCUUUUGCACGUGAUGAUGUGGUGUGUGCUAUUCCCAAACAGGAAGCAGUACAUGUGGAUUUACCUGUAAGCGGAUUUUUUGUAUCGUAUGGCUCCUGUCUAUCUUUGCGGGAGAUGUCACGCUGCUGAUGGUGCUUUUCCGGUUCGAGUUUCCCGCGGGAGAAACGAGGCAAGACGGGGUGGUUUGCGAUGUUACAAUCGCUUUAACCAAAGUCGUCGCUCGCGACAGGAUUGAAAUGGUGUACAUCGUCGACAUGUUACGAUGGGAAAUUCCUCCGUCCUGUGAUGCCAUUCACUGCAACGGGCUGUUAUUGUUGUUCGCACGGACUGGUGACCAUCUGCGAUCUUUAUUCUCGGUGUCGCUGUGGCCGCCUUGCAGCGUGCGUGACGCUCGCGGCGCCGUGCAAAUUGUGGGAGGGAAGGUGAAGUGCUAGAUGUGGGAGGGAUGGUAAAGUCGUCGAUUAAAACUGAAUUUUGGGCUCACGAAAACUGCAUGUGAGAAUGUGUUAUUCACUCUUCGUGUGUACACUUGUAAGUGGAUGCUACUGUAGAGGGUUGGGGCACCAAUAAGGGAAACAUUAAUUAUUCAAGGAACCUUGCACACAGUAAAGCGUGGAGAGGGAGUGACUCAUUAUAACCUUGGGAUGCAGUUAAGGUUUUUUUUAAAUGCAUCUAAGCACCUCCACAGAUAACAGGAUCUGUAUAUUUGUUUUCUCUGAGUGUGUAGAGUAUGUGGGGGAAAUGUUAAUGCCAAUGUCUACCUAAAUAGUGUUCUAUCUUUAAUUUGCAUACCAUUUUACUUCUGCACAUUAAGUGACCUUGACACCAAUGUACAGUAUGAUUUGCAGUCACAAUGGCAGUGCAUCAGCCCUGUUGCUCUCCCCUCAAGGGCCAUUGCCAAUCAUUUCGAGUUGUACAUCUUUUCUGUAACAAGGCAGUAUUAUUUUAUGUAUUAACUCAUAGAAGGUGAUUUAUUUUUGCUUGUGCACCAGUCAGCAUGGGUCCCAUGCCGUAUAACAUUCAGAAAGGGAAACUUGUUGAACGGUAAUAUAGCAACAAAUAAAUCCACAUGAUUGUG